AUGACUGCGCACAAUCGACGUAUCGAAUGGCAAUACUCUCCGACUCAGCUGCGGUUGCAGAAGAUGCAGGAGGAUGGAUAUUCAAAUGCCUUACCUCCUCAGUACCGUGAGCACCUACGAGGGAGCAGCGCGGAUUCUCCCGCAGCGAACGGAAUACAGUACUGGUUACAUUUCUACAAGCCGACCGAUGGAAUUUCGUUAGUGUCCUUCUGUCCCUCUGUCCAGCUGACUCCUUGCCCAGCUGUCUUCGCCCAGCUGUCUCCGUGGCCAGCCUGUCCCACCUUGUGUCCACCUACCUCAGCGAGUGUCCGCGCAGCUGACUUGAGCGGCCUGCCUUGCCCUGGGAAGGCGUAAAAAGCGACCCGCACUAGGGAGGGAGCGAGGGUAGAGGGGUAGGAGAUCAAAAAACGACCCGCCACGGGGAGGCGUAGAAAGCGACCCGCGAGAGAGAGAGAGGGAAAGGGGCCCAAGGAGUGACUCCCCCCGGGAAGCUUGUCCUCGGUGUCCCCUCUGUCCUCGGUGUCCCUCUGUCCUCGGUGUCCCCUCUGUCUUCGGUGUCCCCUCUGUCUUCGGUGUCCCUCUGUCCUCGGUGUCCCCUCUGUCCUCGGUGUCCCCUCUGUCCUCGGUGUCCCCUCUGUCCUAGGUGCCCGUCUGUCCUUGGUGUCCCUCUGCCUUCGGUGUCCCUCUCUCUUCGGUGUCCCUCUGUCCUCGGUGUCCCCUCUGUCUUCGGUGUCCCCUCUGUCCUCGGUGUCCCCUCUGUCCUCGGUGUCCGAUCUGUCCUCGGUGUCCCCUCUGUCCUCGGUGUCUUCUCUGUCUUCGCUGUCUCUUCUGUCCUCGGUGUCCGUUCUGCCCUCGGUGUCCUCGGUGUCCGUUCUGCCCUCGGUGUCCUCGGUGUCCCCUCUGUCCUCGGUGUCCCCUCUGUCCCCUCUGUCCUCGGUGUCCCCUCUGUCCUCGGUGUCCCCUCUGUCCUCGGUGCCCGUCUGUCCUUGGUGUCCCUCUGCCUUCGGUGUCCCUCUGUCCUCGGUGUCCCCUCUGUCUUCGGUGUCCCCUCUGUCCUCGGUGUCCCCUCUGUCCUCGGUGUCCGAUCUGUCCUCGGUGUCCCCUCUGUCCUCGGUGUCUUCUCUGUCUUCGGUGUCUCUUCUGUCUUCGGUGUCUUCUCUGUCUUCGGUGUCCCCUCUGUCCUCGGUGUCCGUUCUGCCCUCGGUGUCCUCGGUGUCCGUUCUGCCCUCGGUGUCCUCGGUGUCCUCUCUGUCCUCGGCGUCCCUCUCUCGCUCCUCCGUGUCCACGCAUCUUUCCGGCUUAGUGCUGACCUGCCUCUUUCUCCAUCUCUCUGCGCAGACGUUCGCGGGUUGCGUCGUUGCGUUGUCCAUCAGUCUGCCCCCCUCGCUUGUCCCCGUGCUGGAGUGAGUCUGUGUGCCUGUCUGUGUGUCUCCCUCUCUCCUUCUCUGCUCGAUUGUGUCGUGUGUCCACGUGCCGAGGCUUGUCCGCGUGGUUCUGGUUCUUUUGGAGGAGCAUGCCGGGCUGUAAUAAAGCUUUGCCGUCGCCCUCUCACCUCAUUCGGAUCGAUACUGAAGCCUUUUUCCGUUCUGUGGUAAGUUGCUAUUGCUUUUUUGAUGCCAAAAAAUCGCCAAACUGCUCUAGGCUCGCUUCGAAUGACGCUUGGAAAGCGCUUGGCAAUCUGUUCGACCGACAGCUGAGAAGUCAGACUACCGCAGAAAACUUAGAAGACAAAGCCAGAUUACCUCAAAAUUAAGGCUAGCUUAUCACUAUCCCAUGUGCGGUUUGCUGAGUGGGCGAGUUCUUCAUGAUUUAGAGGGGAAAAUAAGGGGAACGCAGGGCAUGCCACACAGCCAGGGGUAGUAAAAAACUAGCGCUAACAAGAGGCGAGGCUGUGGUCAUUGGUGCGCGAGGCACUGGCGUACUCUUUCGACAAAGAGACAACUGAAGAGAGACAAACACAAAGAGACAUCGACACGCUGUUGCAGCAGUUGUUUGCUCGUGCCGCCACCAGUGGUCCCGGUAGUGCCCCCAAGCUUGCAAAAUUACUCAACGAAUUUCGAGACAAAUGGGAUAAACAUAAGAUCAACAUUUGGAAAGGAGAACGGAGGGGAGAAAAGCAGGACUUACUAG